ACACUUCGCACGAUCAUCAAUCGUCGCUCCCAAAAAACUCUAGCUUUGCGUUUUCUGGUGUGCCUUUUGCGGCCAUCCGAAAUCCCUAAUCCUCAACUUCUUCUGUUCUGUUCUUCAUCUUGACAUGUAUGCAUGAUUCAUCAUCGUAUACUGUCGAAUUCUCAGAAAAAUUCUUGAGGAUUUAGGCAGUCUGUCUGGCAAUAACAAAGAGAUUUCACAAAUCGCAGACAACUCUUGAAACCAGCUGCGGAGAUGAGCAUCGAGCCGUUUAAUAGGUUGGUGAAACUCACAGCUAGGGCGUUUUAUGAUGAUAUAACAAAGAUGGAGAGUCAGCCGAAAACGGGUCGCAGUGACAAUCGAGGGAUUGCUGUGGUGGUUCUUGACGCACUCACCAGGAGACAAUGGGUUAGGGAAGAAGACUUGGCAAAGGAGUUGAAAUUGCAUCUAAAGCAACUUCGGCGUAUUCUCCGGUUCUUUGAAGAAGAAAAGCUGGUCACCCGUGAACAUAGAAAAGAGACAGCAAAAGGAGCAAAGAUUUAUAGUGCUGCAGUUGCUGCAACUGGUGAUGGUCAACAAACUGGAAAAGAGGGAGAAGAGAAGAUUAAGUUGCACACUCACUCUUACUGUUGUCUAGAUUAUGCACAGAUAUAUGAUGUUGUUAGGUACAGGCUGCACCGCAUGAAGAAAACACUAAAGGAUAAACUGGAAGACAAAAAUACAGUCCAAGAGUACAUUUGCCCUAACUGUGGAAAAAGAUACAAUGCUUUGGAUGCAUUGCGAUUGGUUUCAAUGGAGGAUGAGUAUUUUCAUUGUGAAAGAUGUAAUGGGGUGUUGGUUCCAGAGAAUGAUAAGUUAGUUGCACAAGAAGUAGGAGAUGGAGAUGAUAAUGCAAGAAGGCGACAACGGGAAAAUGUGAAGGACCAGCUUGAAAGGAUGGAGGCACAGCUUAAACCGUUAAACGAUCAACUUAACAGAGUGAAAGAAUUAGCUGUCCCUGAAUUUGGAAGUCUCCAAGAGUGGGAAGCUCGAGCAACGGCUGCUGCCCGUGCAGCAAAUUCUAGUGCGAAUGAUCCUUCCAAAUCUUCCCAAGGGCUGGGGUAUGGAGGAACACCAAUGCCAUUUCUUGGAGAGACAAAGGUGGAGGUUACCUUUUCAGGUGUUGAAGGCAAGGAAGGGGGUGUUAAGUCUGAAAGUGCAAGUAUGGACGUGAAACUUAUGCCACCAUGGAUGAUAAAGGAAGGAAUGAACCUUACAACUGAACAACGAGGAGAGUUGAAGCAGGAAGCAAAGAUGGAUGGUAGUUCAGGUCAAGUGGAUUCUUCUGAUGACAAAAAGUCUACUGUUCAAAAUGGUGAAGGGCAGAAUAUUCAGGAGGAGUAUUUUAAAGCCUAUUAUGCUGCUUUACUUAAGCAACGGCAGGAAGCAGUAGAAGCUGCAAAAAGACAAGAGUCAUUAAACAUGCCUGAUUUUGAUGACUUGCCCUCUAAUCGACAAGUUGGAAUGAAGUCUAAACGUGAGGACGAUGAGGCUGAUAAUGAUUUUGAAUGGGAACAGCCUCCUAUUUCUGGAAAUGCAAGUGAAAGUUAUAAGGUCAAUGACUUAAAUGCUGAAGCCGAACCAUCUGGAGAUGAUGAUGAUGAUGGUGUAGACUGGGAGUCUGAUUAAGAUAUUCCUCCAUGGCUGCACUUCAAAGGACUUGUAAUUGCUUUGAUGCAACAACCGUUUUGAAGAUCCAAGGUUUAAUGUUUCCUCAAUUUUGAUACCUUGGUGCUUACUUUUUAACUGGAUUCAGGUACUUGCAUCUUAUU